UUACAUUCGCAAGAAAAAUCACAGAAAGCAGGAAAGAAGGAAAAACGAAAUUCUCUAACACGCAAAUUUCAACAUCUCUUUGACUUUCUGGUUUUUUCUUCAUAAUUCUUUGGCUUCAACGCUGUAAUUUUUUUUUUCUUUUUUUUAAAUUUCGGCUUCUCUUGUUUACAAAUCUGUGUAUAUAAAUUUAUAAAUUCGACCUCAAACAAACAGAGCUUUUGUUUCCAGUCAAUCUCUCAAGUUUUUGGGUUCUGAACCAGAUUGGGUGUGUUAAUUUAAGUGGGUUGUUCCCAAAAAUUUGAUUUUGAUAAAGAUAUUUUAGUUUCACGAUCUGGGUUGAUUUCCAAAGUGUGUGAUUAAAAACGUCAUGACAGAAAUUACGUCAAACAAAUCUGCAUAGUUUCUGUCUUUUUGAUUCUAAAAUUCAAUUCGAUCUCUCAAUUUUACUGGGUAUUUCUCAAAAUUUGAUUUUGUAUAAACAAAAACUCAAGAUUUAAUCAAUGACGGGCAUGGCGGUUCCGGCAAUAGCUCUUUACGCGAGUCCACCGAGCAGUGUGUGUUCCUCAGCUCACCAGAUCAACGCCCACACAACGUACGACCUGGACCUCAACUCCAGAUCUUCAUCUUCAACUCCCUGCUCUACGGCGCCGUCUCAUAAACAAAUAAUCGGUGGGCUGUCCUGCUUGUUCUCUUCUUCAAGUACUGACGUGGCAGCUUCCUACAAUCGAGGGGAAGAUUUGAAGGAGCUAAGUAGCUCAUUUGGCUAUUCUUACGGGUCCAUAAAGAGGGAACCCAGUCCGGUCUCAGUUUUUCAGGGCCCGGUUUCGUGUAGCGGGUCAAGAAGUAGUCCCAUAAGUGUUUCAUUGAAGGGGAGUAGUGGGUUGUUCAAUGGAUUUGUGAGGAACGCUUUGGGGUCCUGUGUUGAUUAUAAUAAUUAUAAUCCUCCAAGCUUUGAGGUUGAUGAUAGUGGGGGUUUAAAUGUGGGUUCAUCUUCAGUUUCAGUUCAUGAAUUAACGUUUAAUAUGGAGGAUAGUAUCGUGGAGGGUACUGUAGAGUCGUAUGCUAAGGAUUUUCUUGCUGAUGCACAAGCUAGACACAAGAUUUUUUGUGAUGAUUUCGUUGUCAAGGCGUUUUAUGAGGCCGAGAAGGCACAUAGAGGGCAGAUGCGGGCGAGUGGGGAUCCAUAUUUGCUGCAUUGUGUGGAAACUGGAGUGUUGUUGGCAACGAUUGGUGCUAAUUCUACCGUGGUGGCUGCAGGGCUUUUACAUGAUACGCUUGAUGAUUCCUUUUUGAGUUAUGACUACGUUCUUAGAACAUUUGGAGCUGGAGUUGCUGAUUUGGUUGAAGGGGUAUCUAAGCUUAGUCAGUUGAGUAAGCUUGCACGUGAGAACAACACUGCGAGCAGAACAGUUGAAGCAGAUCGACUCCACACCAUGUUCCUUGCCAUGGCAGAUGCUAGGGCUGUUCUUAUUAAACUAGCAGAUCGAUUGCACAACAUGAUGACGCUUGAUGCUUUGCCUUUGUGCAAACAACAAAGAUUUGCGAAGGAGACAUUGGAGAUAUUUGUUCCCUUGGCUAAUCGUCUGGGUAUCUUCAGCUGGAAGGAGCAACUAGAAAAUCUAUGCUUUAAACAUUUGAAACCAGAUCAGCACAAAGAAUUGUCUUCUAAGGUUGUAGAAUCUUUCGAUGAGGCAGUGAUCACUUCUGCAAUCGAUAAAUUAGAGCGGGCUCUCAAUGAUGAAGCCAUCUCUUACCAUGAUUUAUAUGGACGGCAUAAAAGCUUGUAUAGCAUUCACUGCAAAAUGUUGAAAAAGAAGCUGACCAUGGAUGAAAUCCAUGAUAUUCAUGGGCUGCGUUUGAUUGUCGAAAAUGUGGAAGACUGUUACAAGGCAUUGAAUGUCGUGCACCAGCUGUGGGAUGAAGUGCCUGGAAAGUUGAAGGAUUACAUAGCACACCCCAAGUUCAAUGGGUAUCAGUCUCUUCACACAGUAGUGAUGGGUGAAGGCGUGGCUCCCCUUGAAGUUCAGAUUCGAACGAAGCAGAUGCAUUCACAAGCUGAGUUUGGAUUUGCAGCUCAUUGGAUAUACAAGGAAGGUGACUGCAAGUAUGCUUCUUUUGUGCUUCAGAUGGUUGAGUGGGCACGAUGGGUUCUCACCUGGCAGUGUGAAGCAAUGAGCAAAAAUGGGUCUUGCAUUGGCUAUGCUGAUUCCAUCAAGCCACCCUGCAAGUUCCCCACCCAUGCUGACGACUGCCCAUAUUCUUAUAAGCCUCAAUGUAGCCAAGAUGGACCUGUCUUUGUCAUCAUGAUUGAGAAUGAUAAGAUGUCAGUCCAGGAGCUCCCUGCAAACUCCACGAUAAUGGAUUUACUGGAAAGAGCUGGACGGGGAACCUCAAGAUGGUCUCCACAUGGUUUUCCUCUAAAGGAAGAAUUGAGGCCAAGGCUGAACCAUGAGCCAGUGGGUGAUCCCACAUGUAAAUUGAGGAUGGGGGAUGUGGUGGAGCUCUCUCCAGCCAUACCUGACAAGUCUUUAACAGAGUACAGGGAAGAAAUCCAGCGAAUGUAUGAGCGCGGCCUGACCGUUUCAAGUUCAGGGCCUGCUGCUACCAGUGUGGUUGGAUGGAGAAGCUGACCAUUCCCUCAUUCUUGGUUUUACACUAUACCAUUUAGUCACAAUUGGUUAUUCUUGUAAAUACAUGAUAAAUGUCUGUACAGAACGACUAUAUAUGUUUCUGCCAUGAGGAAGCAAUAUCUAACUGGAUUCAACAAAGUGCUAAAACGAUUGAUUUCACAAAUUCCUUUAUGAAUGAAAUUAUAUUUAUAUUUCCA